UAAAAUACAAAUUUUAUGAUUGUAAAAUUCGUAAAAUCUUUUAAAUUAAAUAUUUUUAAUAUAAAAAGGCAAAUGGCAGUAUUUACCCAAGUGCUUAAUCCUAUAACAGGUCAAAAUGAAUGGGCUUCAAAAGAAGAUUCAUAUGACUACCACCAGGAAGUGGCUAAUGCUGGUUUCGGUGAUAUGCUCCACGACAAGGAACGAAAUCAGAAAUAUUAUGCUGCCUUGCGUAAAACGAUUGAACAACUACACAAACAAGGUAAAGAAGCUCAUGUGCUAGAUAUUGGCACGGGAACUGGAAUACUCUCAAUGAUGGCAGUGGCCUCUGGUGCUGAUUCGGUAACCGCGUGUGAAGCAUUUAUACCUAUGGCAAAUUGUGCCGAGAUCAUUUUAGAAGCUAAUAAAGUUAGAGAUAAAAUCACGUUGAUUAAGAAAAGAUCAACCGAUAUAAUUGUUGGACAAGAUAUGCCCCGGAAAGCUAAUGUUUUAGUUACCGAAGUACUGGAUACUGAAUUAAUAGGAGAAGGCGCAAUUGGUAUAUACAAUCAUGCACAUGAUAAUUUAUUGACUGAAGAUGUUAUAUGUAUACCGUCUAAAGCUACUUGUUAUGCUCAGGUGGUGCAAACACCCUUGGCGGCCCAGUGGAAUUCUCUUAAGAUUGUAGCCAAUUUGGAUGGUGAUGUUCUAUUAACACCACCCAAGGAUAUAGCGAAUUGUCAAGGAGAAGCUAACUUGCAUGAUGUACAACUUUCUCAACUGCCGCUAGAACAAUUUCGACCCAUCACAGAGCCAUUGAACAUUUUUGAUUUCGAUUUUAAUCGCAAACAAUUAAGGGAGUUGGCAAGGGAAAAUAAUCACAUUUUAAAAUCGACCAGUGUAGGCUCAACGGAUUUGGUUUUUUAUUGGUGGGAUAUCACUAUGGACAUUGAAGAAGAAAUAAAACUUAGCUGUGCACCAUUUUGGGCACAUCCUGAGUUUAAGCAAUUGGCAGCUGAAAAAUACCCUUCUAAACCUUUAGCUAAUGUUAUACCGUGGCGAGAUCAUUGGAUGCAAGCAAUUUAUUAUAUACCCAAACCUUUAAAUAUUUCAAAGGUUGGUGAAGAAUUUAUAUUGAAUUGUAACCAUGACGAAUAUUCCCUAUGGUUUGAUGCUUUUCCGAAAACCGAAGAAAACUUUAAAAAAUCUGUUCCCCGACAUUGUUGCUCAUGUUCUCUGCACAUGACCUAUGGCCGAACACGUAUUGGACAAAUGAACCAAAGUCCACGAAAUAAGCGUUAUUUAAAUUAUUUAGAGGAGCAUAUUAAAACCGAUUCACAGGUUUUGGUUUUAGGUGAUGGUUGUAUUUUAGGCUUAGCCUGUGACCGUUUAAAAGCUUCCAAGGUUUGGUGUCAUGAACCCCAUCGCUAUUCAAGAAAUUUUAUGGAUUCUAUAGUGCAAUCUAAUGGACUUUCAAAUGUUGAGUUUCUAGAAAAGUUGGAGGAUCUAAGCGAUGGUGACUUGCAAAAUAUAACUCAUGUUUUUGCGGAGCCAUAUUUUUUGACAUCCAUAUUACCAUGGGAUAAUUUUUACUUCGGUACUUUAUUAAUGCAAAUAAAAGAAAAACUAUCAGAUUCAGUGGAAAUAUCGCCAUUUAGUGCACGUAUUUAUUGUGUACCAGUCGAAUUUUUAGACCUGCACAAAAUUCGAACUCCUCUUAAGGAAUGCGAGGGUUUUGAUUUAAGACAUUUUGAUAAAAUGGUAGAGAGUUCUACAUCUAUUGCCCAGUCAAAAGUUGAAGCCCAACCAUUAUGGGAAUAUCCUUGUCGGGCUUUAGCUCCACCCCAACAAUUGCUACAAAUAGAAUUUAGGAAUUUUAACCAAGACCAAUCAUCAAGUGGUGAUAUUAACAUCGAAUUUUCGGCAAAUUGUAAUGGAAUUGCUUUAUGGGUAGAUUGGUUGUUAGACAAUACUGCAACUACAAAAUCAAUUGUUAGCUCAGGACCUGUAGAACCCAUCGAAGCGGGCAGCUUUAUAAAAUGGGAUAUGUUUGUGCGACAAGGUGUACAUUUGUUGAGCAAAGCCCAAUGUGUAGAAAGUGGUAAAAGUAUAGUUCAAUGGAAUGUAGAUUUAAAGCCCAAAUUGGGUCAACUAGAUUUUAAUUUUAAAGUUAAGGUGUAACACAAAUGUAAUUCCAAAGUAAAACCAAUAAUUUCUCAGGAAUUAUUCAAGCAAUAAAACAAAAUAUUCGUACAUAUUUAA